GAAUUAGCACCGGAGAAGUGAAUGAUUUGCUCCAGAUCAUGUGGCAGAGCUGGGUACAGACCCCGCGUCGCUGCUCUACUGACCCUGAGCUCGUCUUGUGUUCUUUCUUUUGAAUGAUGAACUUAUUUCAGUUCAAUAAUCGGCGAAACCUCUGCAAGCUGGCUCAAAGAAAAACCUGCCGAAGGCUAAGUACUUCCUGAGAGGCCGGCCCGGAACUGGGCGUUCUACAUUUGAAUCCUGGAUGGCGGGAAGCGGUGGGCAGGUGCCGGAGGGGCGGGGCGGGGCCGCCAGGGCCGCCAGCCAAUCAGAGAGCGGGCGCCUCCCCCCGCCCCGCCGUCCCGCGCCAAAAUUCCAAACGGGACUUCGCGCGGCCCACGCCGUGUCCCUCCGCCGAGCUCAGCGGGCCGGAACUACAUAAGGAAAAAACGCGUUUUCGCUCCAAGACCCGCUGGGCUCCCGGCUCAGUCAGCGCGUGUUCUAGUCCGCGUCGGCGUGGCCUUCUCGGCACUUGGGCGCCUCGUAGCGGAGGACGGCGUCGAGCCCGGCGCCCCGGGCGACGCGGGAGGCCGCGCGGCGGAGGGAUUCUGGGCGCGCGCUUCGGCCCGGCACGGAGCCCGUGGCGCCAGAAUUCGGAGCGCGGAAGCGGGAAGAGGGAAGCGCGGGGAAGGCCGGCCCGGGCUGCGGAGCGCGCGGACGCGCCGGGCGCGGGCAGCGCGAUGGUGGUGCUCCGCAGCAGCCUGGAGCUGCACAGCCGCUCCGCCGCCUCGUCCUCGGACUCCCUCGACCUGUCUAGCGAGUUUCUCAGCCUGGAGCAGAUGGGACGGAGGCGGCGCCGCUCGGAAAGAGCCGCCGUCUCUGCGGCCGCGAAGCGGGAUGGAUCUUCAGUUAAGGAAGUCGGAACGUAUCACCAGACACGUUCUUUAAGGUCCUUGAGAAAAAGUGCGCAGACUUCUUCAGAUUCUAGUUUCCAUAAGAAAACGGAAAUAACGGAGAAACAUGCUAUUGGCAGGCACUUUACAAGGCAGUUGGCCAGACAACAGGCUAGUAAAAAAACAGAAGAGUGCAAAGAAGACAAAGUGAUCACACGGUCAUUGAGGACUAGAAACAUCGUUCAGACCACGCAACACCUGUGUGCAGAGAACGGUGAUGUUGAAGUUCGCCGCAGUUGUAGGAUUAGAAGUCGUUACAGUGCUGUGAAUCAGUCUGUGCUGUUCGACAAACUUAUAACAAACACUGCUGAAGCUGUACUUCAAAAAAUGGAUGACAUGAAGAAGAUGCGUAGACAGCGACUGAGAAAACUUGGAGACUUGAGAGUGUAUAAUGAGACAGAAGAGGACAAUCUUAAUAUGUAUACAAGGGGAAAACAAAAAGGAAUUCAAAGAGCUGAUGAAGAAGCAACUGAUAACCAAGAAGGCAGCGUAGAGUCGUCUGAAGAGGGUGAACCCCAAGAAGAUGAUGAUGAUGAUGAUGGUGAAGAUGAGGACGAUGGUGAUGGGGAAGAGGAAGAGGACGGAGAAGAGGAGGAAGAAGAAGAUGAGGAUGAUGGGGAAGAAGAUGACGAUGAUGAUGACGACGACGAUGAUGAAGAUGGAGAGGAAGAUAAUCAGAAACGUUACUACCUUAGACAGAGAAAAGCAACAGUUUACUACCAGGCUCCAUUGGAAAAACCUCGCCACCAGAAAAAGCCCAACAUAUUUUACAGAGGCCCAGCUUCUCCUGUAAGACCGAGAUACCGAUUGUCUUCUGCGGGACCAAGAAGCCCUUACUGUAAACGAAUGAACAGACGCAGGCAUGCGAUCCACAGCAGUGACUCCACAUCAUCAUCCUCCUCUGAAGAUGAGCGCUUUGAGAGGCGCAGAAAAAGGAGCCGUAAUAGAGCUAUCAGUAGGUGCCUCCCAUUAAAUUUUCGGAAAGAUGAGUUAAGAGGAAUCCACAAAGAUCGAAUGAAAAUUGGAGCAAGCCUUGCCGAUGUUGAUCCAAUGCAACUGGAUUCUUCAGUACGAUUUGAUAGUGUCGGUGGCCUGUCCAGUCAUAUUGCAGCUCUAAAAGAGAUGGUGGUAUUUCCAUUACUUUACCCAGAAGUCUUUGAAAAAUUCAAAAUCCAACCCCCAAGGGGCUGUUUGUUUUAUGGCCCGCCUGGAACAGGAAAAACUCUGGUUGCUCGAGCCCUUGCCAAUGAGUGCAGUCAAGGAAAUAAGAGAGUGGCGUUUUUCAUGCGGAAGGGCGCCGACUGUCUGAGUAAAUGGGUCGGGGAGUCUGAAAGACAGCUGCGAUUGCUGUUUGAUCAGGCCUAUCAGAUGCGCCCAUCAAUUAUUUUCUUUGAUGAGAUCGAUGGUCUGGCUCCAGUGCGGUCAAGCAGGCAAGAUCAGAUUCACAGUUCUAUUGUUUCCACUCUGCUAGCUCUUAUGGAUGGUUUGGACAGCAGAGGAGAAAUUGUGGUCAUCGGUGCUACCAACAGGUUGGAUUCCAUCGACCCUGCUUUACGAAGGCCUGGUCGCUUUGACAGAGAAUUCCUUUUUAGCCUACCUGAUAAAGAUGCUCGAAAAGAGAUUCUGAAGAUUCACACAAGGGACUGGAAUCCCAGACCACUGGACAUAUUUCUAGAAGAAGUGGCAGAAAACUGUGUUGGCUACUGUGGUGCAGAUAUUAAGUCUAUAUGCGCUGAAGCUGCUUUAUGUGCUCUGCGUCGACGUUACCCGCAGAUCUAUACUACUAGUGAGAAGCUGCAGUUGGAUCUCUCUUCCAUUAACAUCUCCGCCAAGGAUUUUGAGGUAGCGAUGCAGAGGAUGAUACCCGCCUCGCAGAGAGCUGUGACGUCCCCUGGCCAGGCCCUGUCUGCCAUCGUGAAGCCGCUCCUGCAAAGCACUGUGUGCAGGAUCCUAGACGCACUGCAGAGGGUGUUCCCACAUGCAGAAGUUGAAGCACACAGAGCGUUAGACUCAGAUAUCUCCUGUCCUCUUCUGGAAAGCGACUUGGCGUACAGUGAUGAUGAUGUUCCAUCAUUAUAUGAAAAUGGACCUUCUCAAAAAUCGUUUAAUAAAGCAAAAGAAAAUUUUAGUUUUCUUCAUUUGAAUAGAAAUGCUUGUUACCAACCCAUGUCUUUUCGACCAAGAAUGUUAAUCGUGGGAGAACCAGGAUUUGGGCAGGGCUCACAUUUGGCACCAGCUGUCAUCCACACUUUGGAAAAAUUCACUGUCUAUGCGCUGGAUAUUCCCGUUCUCUUUGGAGUCAGCGCUGCAUCCCCUGAAGAAACAUGUGCCCAGGUGAUCCGUGAAGCUAAAAGGACAGCACCAAGUAUAGUUUAUGUUCCACAUAUUCACUUGUGGUGGGAAGUAGUUGGACCAACACUCAAGGCCACAUUCACCACAUUAUUACAGAAUAUUCCUUCAUUUGCUCCAGUGCUACUGCUUGCAACUUCUGACAAGCCCCAUUCUUCUCUGCCAGAAGAGGUACAAGAAUUAUUUACCCAUGAUUAUGGAGAGAUUUUUAAUGUCCAGCUACCAGGCAAAGAAGAACGGACAAAAUUUUUUGAAGAUUUAAUUCUAAAACAAGCUGCUAAGCCUCCUGUAUCAAAAAAGAAAGCAGUUUUACAGGUGUUGGAGGUCCUGCCAGUGGCACCACCACCCGAGCCAAGACCAUUGACAGCAGAAGAAGUGAAACAACUGGAAGAGCAAGAGGAAGACACUUUCAGAGAACUGAGGAUUUUCUUAAGAAAUGUCACACAUAGGCUUGCUAUCGACAAACGCUUCCGAGCGUUUACUAAGCCCGUAGACCCUGUUGAGGUUCCUGAUUAUGUCACGGUGAUAAAGCAACCAAUGGACCUUUCAUCUGUAAUCAGUAAAAUUGAUCUCCACAAGUAUCUGACUGUGAAAGACUAUUUGAGAGAUAUUGACCUAAUCUGUAGUAAUGCUUUAGAGUACAAUCCCGAUAGAGAUCCCGGAGAUCGUCUCAUUAGGCACAGAGCCUGUGCCCUGAGAGACACUGCCUAUGCGAUAAUCAAAGAAGAACUUGAUGAAGACUUUGAGAAACUGUGUGAAGAGAUUCAGGAGUCCAGAAAGAAAAGAGGUUGUAGCUCCUCCAAGUACGCCCCAUCUUACUACCACGUGAUGCCACGGCAAAACUCCACUCCCUCUGGCGACAGAAGAUCAGACCCAGACCAGAAUGAAAAACUACAGACACCCACUACUCCUGUGGCUUCCAGCACGCCUACUCAGUUGAAAAGGAAAAACCGCAAAAAGUCCAAGUGGCACUUAGGCACCAUAACAAAGCGGAGGAAGAUUUCACAGGCAAAAGACGAUUGCCAGAACGUGGUGGAUGGCAAGGGGGAAAGCGAUGUGGAAGAAACUCGAGACACAAGUGCAGACCAGCAUGAGAAUGGGGCAGACCCGCACACAGGAGAGUCUUCAGUAGAAGAAAAUGAGAAGGAACAGCUUGCCUCUGAGAGCAAGGCCAAACUGAGAGAUCAUAACUCUGGUGCGUGGAAUAGUGAGAAUGAGCUGGAAUCCAAGAAGGCUGCAGCAUGUAUAGAACUGAGAAAAGAGAAGAUUGUUUGCAAUGGAAAUGUUUCUGGCUCUCAGAUACUAGAUAUUUCUGAUGAGAAUGAAGCAAAAGAAAUGUGCAUUCUGCGAAUGACUCGAGCCAGACGCUCCCAAGUCGAGCAGCAGCAGCUCAUCAGCGUUGAGAAGGCGCUGGCGAUUCUCUCUCAGCCCACUCCCUUACUCGUGGUGGACCACGAGCGCCUGAAAAAUCUUCUGAAGACUGUGGUUAGCAAAAGUGAAGACUACAACAUAUUUCAGCUGGAGAAUUUAUACGCAGUCAUCAGCCAGUGUAUCUAUCAGCAUCGCAAGGACUAUGAUAAAACAACACUUAUUCAGAAAAUGGAGCGAGAGGUAGAAAACUUCAGUUCGGCAUCGUGAUGUCUUCACAUCGAGUAUUUCUGUAUGCAGUUUCUAUUUCAUUCACCUUUCAUGUGUCCACAGAGUAACUGAUGCAAGAUGAAAUCCUGCAUCUUAAAGGAGAAGAUGAAAACAGAAAAGUGUCUUUAACUUCCCUGACCGUUAUGUGCACGUGUAAGAUAACGGACAGAUAUGCUAAGCUUGCUUGGACAAGGCACUGUAAUAUAAUAGUGGAAGUUUAGCAGCUCUUAAUAAAGUUAUUUUGUUAGAAUAACAAUAAUGAACUUAAGAAUAAUGAACAGCAUUGCAGUUUGCAUAUGAAGCACUUUUGAUCUCCCUUCCUGCUCGCACAGUCGCAGAUGCGCGGCCACCCCUCGGCCCUGCCUGGUCGCUUGUCCACGCCUCCCGCUCCCCUCGUCUGCCACAGAGAGCCAGCGCCCAAGGCCCAGUGUCUGCAGGGCCGCACCACAUUCUCGACUUGAGUACCAAAAUUGAGGGUUUUUAGAUAAACAUUUUUAUAAUUCCCUAAUAUGGCUUAAUAAAGUUUCUUUAUUUUUUUGGCUUUUAUAAUUAUAUAUAAAACAAAUGUGUAACUACCUUGCUAAAGGUCUGUAAUAGCACACAAUUUUUGUAUUUGAAAAGUGUUUAUAUCUUUCUAUAAUUGUGUGUAGCUUAUAUUCUAUAGAUACCUUUUAUAUACAAAUAUAUAAAUAUAAAAUGUAUCACCAAUACCAAAAAUACAUUUCUUA